AUGCCUAAGGAUAGGCUCACGUUGUGGAGGAUUGAGGAGCCAGGGAGCUGUAGCCGGAGAGCCAGCAUCACCAUCCAGAGCACGACUCGCCACUGCACGGACAAGCACAGCACAGCAUCACCACCCAGAGCACGACUCGCCACUGCACGGACAAGCACAGCACAGCAUCACCACCCAGAGCACGACUCGCCACUGCACGGACAAGCACAGCACAGCAUCACCACCCAGAGCACGACUCGCCACUGCACGGACAAGCACAGCACAGCAUCACCACCCAGAGCACGACUCGCCACUGCACGGACAAGCACAGCACAGCAUCACCACCCAGAGCACGACUCGCCACUGCACGGACAAGCACAGCACAGCAUCACCACCCAGAGCACGACUCGCCACUGCACGGACAAGCACAGCACAGCAUCACCACCCAGAGCACGACUCGCCACUGCACGGACAAGCACAGCACAGCAUCACCACCCAGAGCACGACUCGCCACUGCACGGACAAGCACAGCACAGCAUCACCACCCAGAGCACGACUCGCCACUGCACGGACAAGCACAGCACAGCAUCACCACCCAGAGCACGACUCGCCACUGCACGGACAAGCACAGCACAGCAUCACCACCCAGAGCACGACUCACCACUGCACGGACACGCACAGCACAGCAUCACCACCCAGAGCACGACUCACCACUGCACGGACAAGCACAGCACAGCAUCACCACCCAGAGCACGACUCGCCACUGCACGGACAAGCACAGCACAGCAUCACCACCCAGAGCACGACUCACCACUGCACGGACAAGCACAGCACAGCAUCACCACCCAGAGCACGACUCACCACUGCACGGACAAGCACAGCACAGCAUCACCACCCAGAGCACGACUCACCACUGCACGGACAAGCACAGCACAGCAUCACCACCCAGAGCACGACUCACCACUGCACGGACAAGCACAGCACAGCAUCACCACCCAGAGCACGACUCACCACUGCAUGGACACGCACAGCACAGCACAGCACCAGCCGGGUUGA